AUGAAUAUGACCGAUAUUAAUGGGAAAGAAGUCACUAAUAAGAAUAGACAAAGAUUAAGAGUACAAAGAGCAUGUGCCAUUUGUAAAAAACGUAAAGUUAAAUGUGACGGUAUGAAACCAUGUUCAAACUGUAUAAAACGUUCUAAAGACUGUACCUAUACUACUGCAUAUAAAAUACCCAAUAUGAAGUAUUCUCCAUCUUUAUCUCCUUCUUCAAAAACUCACUCUGUUUCAAUAGAGAACUCUCCGGCUGCUCCAGAUGCCUCCCUUGAUAUACGCCUUCACCAAAAAAAGGCUAAUCACGUAACGAAAAUAUUAAGAAACACUGAAAGAAAACCGGAGGAAGCACUUGUUAUUGAUCUUUUAUUAGGUUUAGGAAAUAAUGCUCCUUCUUCUUCUACUUCUUCAACUGCUGUAUCUAUAAACAAUAAGAAUAAUAAUAAUAAUAAUAACCAAUCAACGGAAGAUGACCUCAUCCGAAAUGACAAAUUAUCAGCAAUUGUUAGUCCUUCCAAACGAGAACAACAGCAGCAAAAUUGUCAACCCAUCCAUCACUUUUCACAGUUAUCAUUUUCACAUGAAAAAUAUCGUUUCCAUAGAAGAUAUCAAAAUCUUUUACCUUAUUAUUUCGGUAAAUCUUUGAUCUCAGAACUAUCUGACAAAAUAAUAAAGGAUAAUAAUUUGGAAAUACCAAGAAUACAAAACUAUGCUUGGAACCUUUCUGGAGGACAUUAUUUGAAAUUCGAUAUAACAACUUUACAAUGCUCUUUUUCAAAUUCUUUAUCAUCAUCGACUACAACUGCAACUAGUUCACAAUUCUUUGAUUUUGAAAAUAUUAUUCAUCUAUCAAUUAUUCGAAAAUUGUUAACUUUUUAUUUCAAAGAAAUAAAUAAGCCAUUUAAUAUUAUUCAUGAAUCAAUGUUUUGGGAUCAAUAUAAUAACGUAUUCAUUCAACAAGAAAAGCAAAAAAAUAUUGAAUCCACUAAAUUAUUCAAAUCAAUGUUAUAUUUAAUCAUUAUAACAACAUUACGUUUCCAAGAAGGAUUUCUAGAAGAAAAUGAUAAUGAUAUUCCCCAUACAAAAUUAACUAAAGAAGAAAAAAUCAUUUUAGAAUCAUUAAAAUCAGAAAAAGCCUUAGAAGAUUCAAUGUUUAAUUAUUCAUAUUCAAUAAUUUCUAAAUUAACAUUCGAAUGGGAAUCUUUCGAAUUGAUUCAAUCAUGGUUAUUAAUAACAUUCUAUUUAAGAACUUGUUAUAGACAAACUUCAUCAUGGCAUGCAUUAGGUCAAGCUAUUAAUUUAUGUAAUGGCAUGUCAUUACAUUUAAAUGAAUUCCCUCACAUUCAUUCCAAAUAUGAAGAAUCAAAACUUUUCCAUUGCUUUUGGGCUUGCUUCAUUAUCGAUAAAUUUAUCAGUUUCCAAUUAGGAAGAUUUUACUUAUUGCCAUUACCUAUUCAUCACAUGGAAUUCCCCUCAGAAUCAAACAGAUGCAAUGAUGGUACUGACUGGUUUAGUAAAGAAACUAUUCAACUAUUUCAUCUAUCAUUAAUAAUAAUGGAAUUACAAAAUAGAAACGCUGAAGAAUUAACAUUCGAACAAUGUGUCAAAAUUAGAAAUGAUCUAGCUAACUGGUUUGAUGUUCAUAUCGCUACUACCGUGGAUGAGUUUUUGUCCUCUUCAAAAUCACCAGCACAAAUUCAACCAUUAAUUUCAUAUUUAGACGUUAGAUUAUCAUUCGAAAUUAAAUAUUUAUUUCAUUUAAUUAACCCACCAGAUUUAACAACCCCAUGGUCACACAAUUUCCCAACUGAUAUUAGAAUAUUAAUUAAUAACAUAGAAUUAUCAAUUACGUUGAUUCAAUACCUGCUUGACGAAAAAUUAUUCUUUGUACCAUGGUGGCUAAACUUAUCGCAAUUAUUUACAGCAUCAUUAUCAUGUAUCAUAUUAAUUCAUUCAGGAAUUCAAUCAUCUAAAGUUAACAUCUUAUUGAAAAAAGCGAUUGAUAUUUGGAAUUCAUUGGAAAAUAGUAAUCCAAAGAAUAAACCAACAAUGAUAUCACAAUGUUUAUGGUGUUUAAGAAUGUUAAGUAAAUUAUCUCGUCUCGGAUUAAUGAAUUCGCAUUCAAUUCUGGAAAAUCUUGUUGGAGAAAAUAAUGGUGAUAAUAGUCCUAAUAAGAAUAAAUUCUCUCAAUUUGGUAAAGUCGAUGAAAAGGAAGAUGAAUCAAGCGAACGUGUAAAUGAAAAUGGAUAUACCAAUGAUAACGCACAAUCAUCUAUUCAUCAAUUAUUAAAUGAUCCAUCCUUAAGUGCUACCUUGUCAAGUUCAGUAGCAGUUUUUGAAAAUAACUCAACUAAUUUAUUAGAAGAUGGUUUAUUUUCGAACUUACAAUGGUUUGAUCAGGAUUUUGCCCUAUAA